GUACCAGCAGCACCUGCUCUCCAGCUGACCAGCCUACCUGUCAUCAUGCCCCGGGGACACAAGAGCAAGGUCCGUGCUCAGAAGAAACGCCGCCAGGCCCGAAAUGAGACCCAGUCUGUCCAGGAUGUUCCGGCUGCAGGGGCACAGGGCGGGGAGGCCCCCUCCUGCUCUGCUCUCCCUGGAGAUGAUGCUGCCAGCUCCUCUGCAGCUGGCCUUCCCCAGAAGUCGCAGGGAGCUCCACCCACUGCCUCUGUUGCAGAUGCCCCCUCACAGAAAGGGUCUGGGAAAGGUGCUAAGGGCAGGAAGCCUGAAAAGGCAACUACUUCUAAGCCCACACGCUCUACUGAGAGCUUAGUGAAAGAUCUCCUAAUGAAGAAGGCAGGAAUGGUGAUGCACUACCUGCUGUACAAGUAUAAAAUGAAAGAGCCCAUGUUGAAGGCAGAAAUACUAAAAAUUAUCCAUAAAAGGUUCCGUCAGGAAUACCCUGAGAUCCUCAAAAUGGCUGCUGAUCGGCUCGAACUACUGUUCGGCCUUGAGGUUAUAGAAAUCCAUCCUGGCUGUGGCACCUACGCCCUUGUCACCAAGCUAGAUAGCUCCAACAUUGUGCUAAGUUUCAGCGGCUUGAGCUUCCCCAUGAAUGCACUCGUGAUGCCUCUCCUUGGGGUGAUCUUCUUAAAUGGCAACAGUGCCUCUGAAGCACAGAUCUGGGAAUUCCUGAGUAUUUUGGAGCUUUAUGAUGGGAAGGAACACAUAGUCUUUGGUGAGCCACGAAAAUUUAUCACUGAAGAUCUGGUAAAGUUAGGGUAUCUGCUGUACGAGCAGGUACCUCACCGUGACCCUCCGUCCUAUGAAUUCCGGUGGGGCCCACGGGCAUACACUGCGACCAGCAAGAUGAAAGUCCUUGAGUUUUUGGCCAAGAUUAAUGAUACCGUCCCCAGUGCUUUCCCUACCCAUUAUGCGGAGGCUCUGAGAGAGGAGGCAUUGAGGGCCCAAGCCAGAGCUGCAGCCAGGCGUUACGCUGCUUAUGUAUGUGCUGAAGGUUGCAAGGCAAAGUCCAGCCCCUCUGCCCCUCAGUGAGAGUAACACGAAUAUUUCACUAUACUUAGGAGGAGGCGUCCUACCUUGCAAGUGAUGGGAGAGUGACAUGGAGCUAGAGAGGUCAUUAAAUAUUCCUAUAUUCCUGUUACACUUUAAUUUCUUUCAAAUGUUUUUCCUUUUGAUAGAGUAUUUGUUGAAUUAACAGACUCACAUGGUUAUUGUUGCCAUCAAAUUUAUGUGUAUUAAUUUUGGAUUUUUUUAACACCAUUUAAAAUCUUGCUCUAUUUUUGUUAGGAUUAAUGCAUGGAUUUGGAAUGGAGAUUUUUCCUGCAAAUUUGUUAAAGAACCCCUCAAAAUAUGGCUGGGGUCUUAAAAUAGUAAUAGCAAAGCACAACAUGCUAAAAUAUUUGUUUGCCAUAUUUUCAUUUGUCUCCUUUUUUUUUGUAAAGUUCGGAGAGAUAUACCUGGAUGGUAUUAGCUGAUGCAAGAAUGUAAAUUAAAUUAAAUAGUAAUCAAAUAAUAAUAAACUCUGUCUUGUUCGCUGGC